GAUAUUAAGGCGGCAAAAUGAAGAGGGGAAAAUGGUGGCCAUUCAUAUUCUCUUUAUGUUUUUGUGGUAAAAUCAAUUUCUCCAAAUCAAAUCAAAGCAUAUGGCGAGUACAACCACGCUCUUAGACCUUCAACCAUGGAACUACAACUACCACCGCGCCUUCUCCCUCAGGAUCUCCUCCAAGAUCCACCGUGUCUCCGCCACCUCCGACCAUCGCCCCGCCGCUCCUUCCUGCAUCUUCGUUGGUCCUCUCGAAACCGCCAACCAAGAAACCCUCGAAGCUCUCUAUUCUCAAGUAACACUAAUCCUCUUCUAUUUCCUAGCACGGGAUGCUUAUUAUAGUGGCGAACCUUUGAUAGUUGAUGACAUGUUUGAUAGAGUGGAGUUAAAGCUGAGAUGGUACCGUUCAAAAUCGGUUAUCAAGUAUCCUCGAUGCAGCAUCAGGAGGCAAUCAGCAUAUGCUGAUGCAGAGGAAGAUCUGUCUAUGGUUUUUGCAUUGGCAAGCACAUGGACCAUGUUCCUUGCAUUCGGCAGUUUAGUAUGCCUUGGGCCAACAUUAUACACUGUUGGCAUGACUUAUCAGAAUGCAUUCGGUUCGGGAUUAUCACUUGAUAGCCAACCAUCUGGUCUAGAACUGACCAUGGUGAAUAGCAUAUCCAUCGUGCUAUGUUUUGUAAUUGGAUACCCAAUUGUUUCGGCUUCAGUUAAGGUGCUUCAGGGCCUGUGGGUGAAUGAUUUGGUGGCAUUGAAAGGUGCAUGUCCAAAUUGUGGAGAAGAGGUAUUUGCAUUUGUGAGAAUGGACAGGAAUAUCGACUCACCACAUAGAGCAAAUUGUCAUGUGUGUGGAAGUAUCUUAGAAUUCCGCACAAAAGUAGAGCCAUCAUCAGUCUCAAGAUUAGGCAGAAAAUGGGUUUAUGGGCGGAUUUACCUUGUCUCAGCAAGAGGAAGAUUUCGAUAGCAGAAGCAACUCAUGAUCUUUUUUUCCACCAUUUUUGAGUUUCUUUGAUCAAUGAUUGUGAAGGGGAGUCUUGGAGCAACGAUCGAGUUGUCUCCAUAUAACCUCAAGGUCACCGGGUUCAAGCUGUGGAAACGGCCAUUGAUGUAAUUAUCAGGUUAGGUUCUAUACAUUACACCCAUUGGGUGUAGUCCUUACUGGGACCUUGCGUUAACGCGGGAUGUUUGUGCACCAGGCUAUCAUUUUUUAUCAAUGAUUGUGUAUAGAAAGGAUGAGAUUACAACCAAUUUGUUUCCUAUAUUUAGUUUUAGGCUAGAACAAGUUUUGCCUGAAAUAUCAUCUUUUACUUUUUUGACAAGGAAGCUGACAUGUUAGUGGAUGGACAACUAAUUUCUUUGUUUUGGUUGAGUGUUAGUGUUAUAUGCAAGAUUUCAAAAUUGAAUUUCCUUUUCUUUUCUUUUUCUUCUGGAUAUUAUGAUAUCAGAGAAUUAGAGGAAUAUUGAAUUCUGAUGACAAUAAUUUACAGCAGGAAGUCAGGAACUGAAGUCCUAUUUAUACAGGUUGAUCUCUAUUUUCUUUGUUUCGUACGAACUCUUGUGAUCUAAUAUGAAAUUUCAUGAGGCUGGGUUAGAUGCCUACUUUAUUUGUUAAAAUCAUGGGUUUAUUUGUGAUUCUGGCUGCCAAUUGCUGGUUAUAAUUUUUAUUGGUUCUGUAAAUUUAUAAUUCUUAUCAUUUGUAUCCAUCUACCUGAUUUUAUUUCGAGUACGCCCUAAAGCAAAACAGAAAAUAGAUAAAACAGAGAAUAAAUAUCCUUUCUAGUAUCUAAUUAUUUCGUUAUUUAUCCAAAAGACGAAGUGUUCUCCAACAAUUUUAAAAUUUAAAAUACCUAAUCAGUUUGCAACCACCAAAAUUUCUGAUCAAAUUGGUCAUUAUAAUUGAUCACGAUGUAUGUAAGGUAAAAAUUCAGGUGCAGUUGACUUCACGUGAAGUUAAUAGCUUCACGUGAAGUUAAUAGCUGAGAGUCGUUAGAUGAAAAUUUAGUCAAAUUAGUCAAAUCAUCUAACGACUUUCAGUUAUCAACGGUUUUCAAUUAUCAACUUCACAUUAAGUUGACUACAUUUGAGUUUUACCUUUAUGUGUAAAAAUGGUUCAUGAAAAUAGAAAGUAAUAAACCCCUCAAAU